AUGUGCUCUGAGCUUGAUAUUCACCCCAAGAAUACUGCAGCAAAGUGUGUAAAAGAAAUGGAAGAAAGUACAUCAUCUACAAUUUUUGACGCCAAGAUAACCGGAAUCCGAUUUGCGAUGGCUACCCGUCAUGAAAUUUGUAAAGCAUCUAUCAGUGACUGUCCGAUCAGCCAUGCUAGCCAGCUGUCCAAUCCUUUUCUUGGCUUGCCUCUUGAAGCUGGAAGAUGCGAGUCAUGCGGUACUGCUGAACCUGGGCAAUGUGAAGGUCAUUUUGGAUACAUCGAAUUUCCUACUCCAGUAUAUCAUCCUGACCAUGUUGGUGAACUGAAAAGAAUGUUAAGCUUGUUGUGCUUGAAGUGUUUGAAGAUGAAAAAUAGGAAGGUCAAGAAUAUUGGUGUUGCUGAAAGAGUGUUAUCCUCAUGCUGUGAGGAGACUUCACUAAUCUCAAUCAAUGAGGUCAGGACUACCGAUGGGGCUUGUUUCUUGGAGUUGAAAAUACCAUCAAGAUCAGUUCGAGAAGGAUUCUGGAACUUCUUGGAAAAAUAUGGAUUUCGAUAUGGGCGUAGCUAUUCUCGAGCGUUGCUUCCUUCUGAGGUGAUGGAAAUUUUAAAAAAAAUUCCCAAGGAGACUAGGAAAAAACUUGAUGCAAAAGGGUAUUUCCCUCAAGAUGGAUAUAUCCUGCAACACUUGCCAGUCCCUCCAAACUGUUUGUCCGUGCCAGAUGUUUCUGAUGGGAUAAGUACUAUGUCUACGGAUUAUUCGAUAACUCUGCUUAAGAAAGUGCUGAAACAAGUAGAGGCAGCUGUAGCACAAUAUUUUCACUUUAGAGGCACGGGCAAGGCAUCUCGUGAUGUGGAUACACCUGCAACUGCCAUGUCAAAUCCUGCAUACAAGGCAGUUCUUGAUUCUUCCUCGAGUAGUAACUCUUCUUGGGAGAUGAUGAAGGAAAUGCUGCUUUGUGGAGUCAAUUUCAAAAAUGAUACUUGUGACAGACGAAUAAUGCUAUAUCUAAAUGAUUGUGAUUGCGGAAGAAAAUAUUGCCAAGAAAAAGCUGCAAGCAUGGUCAAGACUCACUUGACGAAAUUCAGUCUUAUGGAUGCAUCAGUCGAUUUCUUGAUAGAGUACAGACUAUCUGAAAUAGUAGGUUCUGAGAUUGGUGCUGGCCUCGUUGGUCACCUGCAUCUGGACAAGUUGCAGCUGAUACAGUCAAAUAUUAGCAUGAAUGAUAUUCUCGAAAAAUGUCAAGACACCAUCAAUCUAUGUCAGAAGAAGAAAAAAGUGGGCAACCUGUUCAAGAGAAUAGAUUUAUCGUUCAGCAAUUGUUGUUCUUUUCGCCACUCUGCCGAAAGCAAGUCAACCGACAUUCCAUGCUUGCAGUUCUUUUGGAUAGGGGCAAAUGAUGACCAUUUAGAGAGGAUUUCUCAUAUUCUUGCUGAUACAGUUUGCCCAGUGUUGUUAGAAACAAUUAUUAAAGGUGAUCCUAUGGUUCUUGCAGCGAAUAUAAUUUGGAUUAAUUCUGACGCAACUUCGAGUAGGAGCCAUUCUAAGAACCAAAAGGGUGAGUUGGCUCUUGAUAUAAUUCUUGAAAAAAAGGCUGUCAGAAAGAGUGGCGAUGCCUGGAGGGUUGUCAUGGACUCCUGCUUACCGGUCAUCCAUUUGAUUGAUAUCAAGCGUUCAAUCCCGUAUGCUGUAAAACAAGUGCAAGAGUUGCUUGGUAUUUCUUGUGCGUUUGAGCAAGCUGUUCAGCGUCUGUCCACAUCCGUGACAAUGGUUACAAAAGGUGUGUUGAAAGAUCAUCUCCUUUUGUUGGCCAAUAGCAUGACAUGUGGUGGGAAUCUGAUUGGUUUUAAUGCCGGUGGUAUUAAAUCAUUGUCAAGAUCACUUAAUCUUCAAGUACCAUUCAUGGAGGCUACACUGUUUACCCCAAGAAAAUGCUUCGAAAGAGCUGCUGAAAAGUGCCAUGUAGAUGCUUUGACAAGCAUUGUAGCCUCUUGUUCCUGGGGAAAACAUGCGUCUGUUGGCACAGGAUCGCCAUUUGAAAUUCUUUGGGACACUAGAAAGGCUGAGUUGAAUCAACAAAAUGGACUGAAUGUCUAUGAUUUUCUUCAUUUGGUAAGCAGCAGCUCCAAGCAGGAAAAUAUGGGUACUAGUUGCCUUGGUGAGGAAAUUGAUUAUCUGGAUCAGGAAGAUGAAUACAUGGAAUCUGACCUGUCUCCAGUCCGAGAUUCUGGUAUUGAGAAGCCAACAUUUGAAGAUGGAGAUAAUUUUUCUCUUGAAGAGAAUGAAUGGGUACAGACAUCUUCUAUAACUGGCAAAUCUAGUAGUAAUUGGGAGCAGGUAAAGAAAGUCGAAAGUCCUACUCGCUCUGGCUGGGGGAUUGAGAGAGAGAGAGAGGAUGAUGAUUUGGGUGGCAGUUGGGGGAAGGUAGUUGAGAAAGUAAAAAACUCAACUCCUUCUGGCUGGGGUGUUGACAAAGGUAGGAAGGAUGAUACUUUCUCUGAAAAGGUACCCAAAGAUUCUCCAAAGAAUAACAGGUCUGCUUGGGGGAAAAAGGUCGAUUCUGCUGAAAAAUGGAGUACAGAAGAGGCUGAACAAAGUACUUGGGCUAGUGCAAAUGCAUCAAAAUCUAGCAGUCAGUCCAGUUGGGGGCAGGUAGUUGAGAAAGUCCAAAGCACAACUCCUGGCUGGGGUUUUGAUAAAGGUAAGAAGGAUGAUACAUUCUUUCAAAAGGCACCAGAAGAUUCUCCGACGAACAGGUCUGCUUGGGGGAAAAAGGUCGAUUUUGUUGAAAAAGGUCCUACAGAAAAUGCUGAACAAAGUACUUGGGCUAGUGCAAAUGCAUCAAAAUCUAGUGGUCAGUCCAGUUGGGGGCAGGCAGUUGAGAAAGUUCAAAGCUCAACUCCUGGCUGGGGUGUUGAUAGAUGCAAGAAGGAUGAUACAGUCUCUAAAAAGGCACCAGAAGAUUCUCCAAAGAAUAGCAGGUCUGCUUGGGGGAAAAAGGUUGAUUCUGUUGAAAAUGGUCCCACAGAAAAGGCUGAACAAAGUACUUGGGCUAGUGCAAAUGCAUCAAAAUCUAGUGGUCAGUCCUAUUGGGGCAAGGAUGUUCGUAGGGAAGAUGGUUCCCCGACACAGACUCAAGAAUAUCAGUCAGUAUCUUUUUCUGCUUGGGGUAAAAAGCAAGAUUCCGAGGGAAAAGGUUGGAUGGAAAAAGACGAUCAGAAUAAUUGGUCGAGUGCAAGUACACCAACACAAAAAGGUCAUUCCAACUGGGUUAGAUCUUCUGGUGAGAAGGAUUGGAGCGGAAAGGAUGAUCGAAAUACAUUGGUUAAUGCUGGCACACCAAAGUCUAGCAGUCAGUCGGGCUGGGGCAGAGAGUCAGAUGAAGCAGGUUGGAACAAGAAGAAAGACCAAGGUAGAUGGGCCAUUCCGAGUGCACCAAAGGAUAAUAAUCAGUCCAGUUGGGGCCGGGAUGCAGCUCAGAUGGAAGAUGUUAUCCCUGCUAAAGCUCAGGAGGAUUCUAAACGGGCUACAGAUUGGGACACAUUAGGUUCUGAUAGUGGACAAGAUGGAUCAGGUUCAUGGUCGUCUUGGGGGAAGAAAAUUGCAAAAUCCGAUGAAAUCGGUAAAAAGUCUGAUCGCUUGAUUUCUUCAGCCGAUGGAGACUCUAUUGAUGUGUUGCAUUCAAAUGAAAAUCUAUGGGAAGCGAAAGUGGCUGACCAUGGCAACCAGUCAAAGCCUUCUGCUUGGGGCGCUUCAAAUGAUGGGGGUAAGGUUGAUUCACAAUCUCCCAGGGAACAAAAGAAAGAUUCUCCAGUCAGUACUUGGAACCCCACUCCUAAAGAGUCAAAUGACUCUGGUUUUGCACCGCGUAGACAUUUUGCUGGUAGAGGGGAUUCAAACAGAGGUCGAGGUAGGGGUCGCUCCGGUGGAGACUGGAAGAACAAUAGAGGUAGGGGUCGCUCUAGUGGCAGAGGAGAUUUUUCUGAUGAUUUCAAUACACUUGGAACCUUCACAGUGACGAGGCAGCGCAUGGAUUUAUUCACAGUGGAUGAACAAGACAUUCUUUCAGAUGUUGAAGCAAUUAUGAAGAACAUCAGAAGAAUUAUGAACCAAACAGGAUACAAUGAUGGCGAUCCUAUAUCUGGGGACGACCAAUCAUACAUGGUGGAUAAUGUGUUGAAUUAUCAUCCUGAUAAAGCUGCAAAGAUGGGAGCUGGAUUGAAGUAUAUCAUGGUUAGUAGGCACCAGGAGUUCCAGGACAGUGAAGCUAGAACUCCCGGCUGGAAACGGGAUCGUACUCCGGCUGCAAAUGAAGCUGGAACUCCAUGCUGGGGCCAGGACCGUACUCCAGCGCCAGAAGAAGCUGGAACUCCAGGCUGGUGCCAAGAGCGUACUCCGGCUGCUGAAGAAUCUGGAACUCAAGGCUGGAACACAGACCGCAGUACUCCGGCUCAAGAUGAAGCCGGAACUCCAGGUUGGAACACAGGUCGUAGUACUCCAGCUCGAGAUGAAGCUGGAACACCAGGUUGGAAUGCAGGCUGUAGUACUCCAGCUCGAGGUGAAGCUGAAAAUCCAGGCUGGAACACAGACAGUAUUCGAGCUCGAGAGGAAGCUGGAGCUUCGGUAUGGAACAAAUCCGGCUCCAGAUGA